GCUUCCAGCUCCUGGGAAGAACAGAGUUAUCAACAGGAGAGCCUGAGGGCUGAGGUCCAGUGUAAAAUAGUAACUAGUGGGGACUUUCCCCUGUGGUCUCUGGCCUUGGCUGCAGAGGGACAUGGCAGCUCAUGUGAGGAUUGUGUUGUUACAGGUGUCAGUGUCAUUUGAGGAUGUGACCGUGGACUUCAGCAGAGAGAAGUGGCAGCACUUGGACCGUGCUCAGAGACACCUGUACUGGGAUGUGACACUGGAGAACUACAGUCACCUGCUCUCAGUGGAGUACCAAAUUCCCAAGCCAGAGGCCACCUUCAAGUUGGAGCAAGGAGAGGGAACAUGGAUGCUGGAGGGAGAAGCCCCCCAUCAGAGCUGUUCAGCUUCUCGAACUGUCCCCACAAACGGCCUCACAUGGAUUCCUGUCUGUCAGCACUGCCAUCGGAAUCUAUACUCUUCCUCGCCGCCCUAG